CUAUGUGGAAUUGCGCUGGCCUUUCCGAGUUAUAAGUGAGAAUUCAUUUUAAGGCAGCGAGAUCAAGCAAAUGUUCAUAAAAUUUUCACAUUACAUUAAUGGCAUUUGGCAGACGCUCUUAUCCAGAGCGACGUGUUUUUUAUUAAAAUACAACCGCUUUACUUGGAAAAGACUGGCUUAUGGUGGAACAAACACGAUUAACCUAGUCUCUAUUUCAAUGUAUUUAUUCGCAAUACAUGGUUCGUCAAACUUGUACAUAUAGAUGCAAUACGGCGUAUUGGCAUCUCCCGGGAAAAUUGAAUCAAAUAUGCCAUUCUGAAGAAUAGAUGCGACAUUUUUCCAGUGUUUACGGUACAGUUUUAAUACCAUCACGCCUCAUCCGCAGGCAUCCGGAAGUAAUUGUUGUUCCCAGCGAAAUACCCUGUAUUUUGUUUGACGACAUUCACAACAAUACAGUACACGUCUCUGACUGGUAAUCGUUAUUGUCCUACAAUUGAGAGAAUCUCUCCUUAAGAUAUCGUUGAUGCCAAGGGAUUCGGUUUGGCCACUACAAUGUCGAAUCGCGUUUUGCAUAAACAGUUGGCGUCCAUCAUGGAAGUCUUGGCUAAUACAGCAGUGGCUGAAAUCUGCAAAGUCGUAGACGAUGGCUAUGCGGUUUUACGUUUGGAAAUGUCCCAAAGCAAGAAGGAGAACGACGCUCUCCGGCGGAAAUUACGGAUAAUGGAGCUGCGGGUGGCCCAUGGAUGUACAGAGAAAGCAAAGAUGCGGGAGAGUCCUGCACAUUCUCGAUCGGACGUACCUCGCCUCUGCAGCGAAAUAAAGGGAACUACAGGUUGGCUAAUUGACACGUCUGCUCGCCUAAGUAAAUCACUAGUUAACACACACAAAAAUUUCGGCAAGGAUCUUGAAAUGUGUUUACGUUCUUUGUAUGUAGGAGUGAGACUAGUUUCUGACGUCGACACUCGCGUAGGGACUUCAUGGUAGUGGUACGACAUUCACCUAGCCUAGCAGAAUCACGCCGAUAUAGUCAGCUAUGCUUGCUAGCUUAUUUUGUUUGAGCAGUUGGUUAACUGAUGUGGACUACCGAGGAGAGUUACUUCUCCCUGGGUCAGCGGGUGGUGGACAGCCCAAGGAGAGCAGGAGAGGGAAACGCUUUGGUGGACAAUACCUCUCCAGUACAUCCCAGCCAGUGUGCAGACACAGAGGGAAGGACUGAAUGGGUUCUUAUAAAGGAGGAGAGAGUGGAAGAGGACAGAGACCCACAGGGAGAGAUGAAAACUGAAGAGGAAAGAGCUGAGGAGUUGAGGGCAGGCAGCAGGGAAAAGCGUCCCGUUCAGGAAAUGCAGAAUAAAGCAGCGAAUCACACAGAGGAGCUCACUGAGCAGCACAGGACCAGACGCGGUGUUUGGGAGUGUGCAGACACGGAGGAAGGUAGGACCAAGCCGCUUCUCAUAAAGGAGGAGAGACUCAACGAGAACAUGAGGAACCCCGACUACCAGGGGGAGCUGCAGAACAGGGACAAGACCGUUCGUCCUGUGGGGAGGUCGUGUGACGGAGCUGAAGGACCUCUCGUUUCGGACACGCGAGAAACUCCUGACGGUGCUCCCAGAACCAGACAGGAGGUUUGGGAGGUGCACGGGCACGAGACCUCCCUCAAGGUUGAGCUGGAGACUAACAGCGUUACCAAGGCGCUCCGUCACAGAGGAGCUGAACACUGGACAGGAGAACUCAACGGUCUGGACUCUGAGUUUGUCAUGUUUGAGAGUCCAGGCCAACUGGGGUCCUACUGUACACAAGGGGGCGCUGUCGCAGAGACGGAGGAUCCGUGCUGCUCGUACUCUACAGAACCGGACGCGGAUGGUCUGUCGUUUCACUCCGAGCUGCAGACGGGUUCUCCGGCAGAGGAACAGAGAAUUAACGGUCUGCCCUCUUUACAUUUAAACCCAAGGGGUAUGACUGACUCGGUUAACUCUUUACAAUUAAACACGAGGGGUUUUACCGAUGCCAUGCCAGGACCGGCCCUUAAAAAACACAGACUUUACAAAGAAACCGCGGAGACCGCUCAGCUGGACCACGCUGGCACCCUGUACCCCAGCCACGCCCAAAUGCCUGGGAGGGAACACCAGGCCACCCAGUCACAUUCCAAACCUGAAACGUCCAUGAGGAAGAGGUUCUCCUUCUGUGGCCUCCAGGGCCCUAAGAACAGCUGCAGAAUGGGCACGGGGGAGCGGCUUUUCAUCUGCACCUACUGCGGGAAGACGUUCUCCCGGCCGAGAAAUCUGGAAACCCACCUGAGGGUCCACACCGGGGAGAAACCGUUCAGCUGCACGCAGUGCGGGAAGAGCUUCAGUCAGCUGUGCAGCCUGAAGACGCACCUGAGCGUGCACACGGGAGAGAGACCCUUCCGCUGCGCGCAGUGCGGGAAACGCUUCGCUCAGCCCGGCUAUCUCAAGAGGCAUCAGACGGUCCACACCGGAGAGAAACCGUUCAGAUGCACACAGUGUGAGAAGAGUUUCUCCUUUUUAAGCAAUCUCAUCAGGCACCAGGGUCUACAUGCAGGAGGGAAACCGUUCACAGGUAGCCUGUGAGAGAGGUUGGCAUGGCACCAAAAGAGAUGCAUUCAUCAGUGUCAUAGCUGAAACUAUUUCACAAUGCUGUAAUCUGCACUAAAUUGAGUUUGUAUGGAGAAUCUCCGCUUAAAAUUUCAUUUAGUCUUGGACUAGAUGUAAUCUGUGUCUGUGAGACUGGGCCUAUAUAUUGUAACAGCAGGCAUCUGGCGAGUCUUGGGGGAGGGGUGGCUGUGCACUGAAGACUCUUUCACUGUUAGCUGUUUGGCUGCAUCCCUAUAAUUAUUAAUUAUCAACACUUCCUGCUGCUGCUGUGAAUUGGACAGGACUUCACUUCCCAUGAACGUUUGUUGUGAGAGUAAAGUCACAGGCUGGCAAAGCAUGUGGGCUCACCAUGUGAAGGGCACUUACCUUCGACUCGCACACAGAGGAAACAGUUCCAGGUUUCUGACACCAUCGUAAGUGAUCAUUUACCAUUAUUCUGGUAAAUGAGGUACUAGGUCCAUCCUUCAGAAGCCACAUGUGUUCCUGCGGCUGUUCCUGCGGGGCCAGAUUCUUUCGGGUCGUCAGAUACUCAAAUCCAGCAUUGCUUUGCUUCCAUCCUCUCUGCUCAUCAUCUCCAGGAGAGUCCUGGCUGGUUAGAAGGGUUUUUGGUGCUGUAUUACAGUAUACAGUGUCUGUUGCCAUGGAUAUGGUACUGUACAAACAUGGGGUUGAGUAUGCAGUGGGGUCAGACCAUAACAGGAAAAAAAUGGAUUGUAGUGUGAGUGAGUGAGUGAGUGAGUGAGUGAGUGAGUGAGUGAGCGAGCGAGCGUGCGUGCGUGCGUGUGUGUGUGUGAAGUAUGGGGACUGAAAAAUAAAACUGCAAACCGAUGAGUAACUCCGGUCCCUAUUUACCAAAACUAACUGAGCCGGGCUGGUCUGCAAAGGUUUACCAGGUACAGGGCAGCUUUGAACUCUGAGCUUCAGAACUUUUAAUCCACAGGCUGCGAUCAAGAGUCCAAAUAGUGUACCUCAGAUGGGUACCCAGGGUCACCUUAAAAAAUAAUAAGGAAAAAUAACAAAGCAAAAUAACAACUAGUGUCCCGCCGGAAGGAUGUGUGAUCUGGGUGGAAUACUAACAAACCGGAGUCACUAUAUGGUGAGCAGUGGGGCAAGACGAGAGCCACAGUUGGGGCGAGGGAGCAGGGUGGAGCAGGAGUGAGCAGGGUGGAGCAUGAGUGAGCAGGGUGGAGCAGGAGUGAGCAGGGUGGAGCCUGAGUGAGCAGGGUGGAGCAGGAGUGAGCAGGAGUGAGCAGGGUGGAGCAUGAGUGAGCAGGGUGGAACAGGAGUGAGCAGGGUGGAGCAGGAGUGAGCAGGGUGGAGCCUGAGUGAGCAGGGUGGAACAGGAGUGAGCAGGAGUGAGUAGGGCGGAGCAUGAGUGAGCAGGGUGGAGCAUGAGUGAGCAGGAGUGAGCAGGGUGGAGCAUGAGUGAGCAGGGUGGAGCAUGAGUGAGCAGGAGUGAGCAGGGUGGAGCAUGAGUGAGCAGGGUGGAACACGAGUGAGCAGGAGUGAGUGGGGCGGAGCAUGAGUGAGCAGGGUGGAGCAUGAGUGAGCAGGGCGGAGCAGGAGUGAGCAGGGCGGAGCAUGAGUGAGCAGGGUGGAGCAGGAGUGAGCAGGAGUGAGCAGGGUGGAGCAGGAGUGAGCAGGGCGGAGCAGGAGUGAGCAGGGUGGAGCAGGAGUGAGCAGGGCGGAGCAGGAGUGAGUAGAGCGGAGCAUGAGUGAGCAGGGUGGAGCAGGAGUGAGCAGGGUGGAGCAUGAGUGAGCAGGGUGGAGCAUGAGUGAGCAGGAGUGAGUAGGAGUUAGCAGGGUGGAGCAUGAGUGAGCAGGAGUGAGCAGGGUGGAGCAGGAGUGAGCAGGGUGGAGCCUGAGUGAGCAGGAGUGAGCAGGGUGGAGCAGGAGUGAGCAGGGUGGAGCAGGAGUGACAAACAACAAAAUGGACUAAGGUAAGAAUCAGAGUCAAAUAGAAUGAGGCACUGGUCAAACACAAAAUAUAUAACAGACCAACCAAAUGUUUGUUCUGUCCUUAACUUCCUUCAUUACAGGGGACUCUGGUUCAGCUUCCAGUCCUCUAGUUCCCUUUCCAUUUUUUUUAUAUAUUUGACAUUUCAGUGCUUCAGAAGGCACCCUGAUUGUAUCUUCUCCAUGUGUCAGAUUACUGCUGGGGGGUUUAUUCCUGAUGCAGGGAUUAGUCAUGCCAUUCUGCUGGGGCCAGGCAUCUUCAUAAUCUGUAUUCUUAAUGGAGAUUAAUUCCAGUUUUCAACAGAUAUCCCAGUGUUUCAUAGUACAGUUUUUCCAGAGUAAACAUGUUAAAAUAGUUGGGGAAAUCUUUAAAACUGUUUAUUUUAAAUCUAAAUCUAUGCAUAUAUCUAUAUUUAAAGUGCAAUCAUGACCAAUAAAUGCAUGCCUGUGUUUAAUGAUUUUAUCCUUUUAUUUAUUUUACUACUUUUUCCAUUUUUGAAUAAAACUCUGUGUGUGUGUGUGUGUGUGUGCGUGCGCGCGCGCGCGCGC